CACACCCCACCGGACCCCGGUUCCCUAUGCCCCUGAACGGGGACGGCGGAUUGGCAUCUUGGAAGCGAUGCGAGAGCGAUAAGGCUGGCGCGGGCCCGCGGAAGCUGCAGGAGCAUCGCUAGGUGUUGCCGCCACCAGGAAGCCGGGCUGCAGGAUGAGUAAGGGAUACUUACAGAAAGCAACAAAAGGGAAACUGCUAAUAAUAAUAUUUAUUGUAACCUUGUGGGGGAAAGUCAUAUCCAGCGCAAACCAUCAUAAAGCUCACCAUGUUAAAACGGGCACUUGCGAGGUGGUGGCACUCCACAGAUGCUGUAAUAAGAACAAGAUAGAAGAACGGUCACAAACUGUCAAGUGCUCCUGCUUCCCCGGGCAGGUGGCAGGCACGACGCGAGCUGCUCCAUCUUGCGUGGAUGCUUCCAUAGUGGAACAGAAAUGGUGGUGUCAUAUGCAGCCAUGUCUUGAGGGAGAGGAAUGUAAAGUUCUUCCUGAUCGGAAAGGAUGGAGCUGCUCCUCCGGGAAUAAAGUGAAAACAACUCGGGAAGAUUUUUAUACUGCUCCGAAGAGGCACUCCAGACUCUUGUUUCCAAGGGAUUUUAUGGCUCGUAAUCAGCAUCUUCUUGAAAUCAAGACUUUAAAAAAGUCAGACAUGAACUUCUGUGUCAUGAAGAGUUCAUCAGAUUUGAACUGUGUUCAACUUGUAAAAUUGCACUUCCUAAAAGAAUUUGAAGUCGUCAUCUGA